CUCUAACUGGCGAUUCGAAAACAUAAACAAAGUAGAAAAUGGACUGGGCAGAUGAAGACGCGAGCAGCACAAAGAGGACGGGCAGCGGCUUCCAACUGAGCCGACUGCGGUGGUCCAUGGAGAUGGAGUAUCUGAUAGUAGACCUUUGGGAGGAAAACAUAGACGACUACUACGGACCGCGCAAAAGAACGCUUGUAUACAAGGACAUAGCUGACAGAAUAACAGCCGAAGGCUUAGAGGUCUCGUGGACUGAUGUGCGCAACAAGAUUGAGAACCUAACCCGGAAAUACAGGCAAGAGAAGGACAAAGUCACUGCCAACGAUGGAAGUCCAUCGCAAUGGCCGCAUUUUGAGAAAAUUCACUCCCUAUUGAAUUCCGACAGAAAACUCGUACGACCGAGUCAACUGCCAAAAGCAAAAAAAAUAAAGGUCGAAGAUAAUUCCGAGUCAUUUUUUGAGGAGCCCGAGAUCGAAAUGGACACCCAAACUGAGCUCCUCACCAUAGCUCGCGAACAACUGCAAAUACAGAGGCAGGAGCAGAUAUUCAAUAGAGAGCACCGACGGGCCCAGAUGAAGGUCUUAAAGUACAUUGCUAGGUCGCAGAAUCGGUUGCAUUCCCUGCUGGUUCAGCUUUUGACUGACACCAAUGACGAUGAUGAUGAUUAACAAUUAUCUAAAACUACCUCCUAGUUAGAAUAACUAAAACUUCAUGUUCAGCCAAAUGUUUUUUUUUUUAAAUUUCGGGCGCAAUUGACGCUUUGCUUGCGGCAUCAGCUGUGAGUGAGAGGCUUAGGCAGCCAUGUGGGAGGGUUCAGGUGGUUCAACUGCCCCUCUACAAAGGGUAGUCAAUAAUAUGUAUUAGUAGUUUUGAAAUUAUUAUGUAUUUCCUUAAGCACCGAUUUUAUUAAAACAAUU